AUGCCCUCGGGAGAAGGCGGGAAACAGCCGCCAACAGUGAGGAACUCCGGGUGCUGGUGCGAGGAGAGCGAGCGCGAAGAAAGCCACGCUCUGCGGCCGGUCUUCUACGCACAAACCCCCGUUCGUCGUCAGUCCUCCGCGUUUCGCCUUCCCCCCGCCACAGUCUCCUCGCGCCCACCCCCUGCCGCCUCGCCCUGCGCGUGCCCGUCCUGCUGCACGUCCUGCGCCUGCGCCACGUGCGCUGCUCCGUCCUUCCCGCCCGUGGCGCAGGCUCUGAACUCUUUCCGCGCAGGCGACGUGGCUGUUGCGCACGCCUCGUUGCUGCCGGCUGCGUCCUUCGAUUCUGCUCGGGAGGCCUCUGUUCACCCUUUCAGACACGUGGAUGUCUCUCGCCGCGUCGAGGCGAAGGGCCCCUGGAAGGACGACUGCUUUCAGCCCUCAUAUAGCCAGACAUACUCGCCGCGCCGCUUUUCUUCGAACUCGCGCGCAAAGUUCGCCGCUGCAAACGCGUCUCUGCCUCUGAGAGAGCCCAGUUUCUCGCCCGCGCCUCCUCUGGGUGCUCCCGAGACGACCCGCGCCGCGUACCCGCGCGCGAAUCCCUCCUACUCUCAUCCGAACUCGACUUUCCCCCACGCCUUCUUCGAUCAGGGACGUGGCUACGCGUUGCCGCACCGCGAGGACCGCAAGCCGGGCGGCGGCUCCAGACCCGCGGGAGGGUACGCGCCGAAAGCAGGCGAAGGGCGCCAGGGUCCUCCUGCGUUUCAUACGCAGAGGAGACAGCAGAGGCGCCGCAGAGGCAGCGACUCGCGCGCGGCUGUCUCUCUGCGAGGAGACUUCGCGUCCGCGGGGCCGUUGCAGUUCUACGCGGCCAACUCAGCUUCCUCUCCUUCCUCACGCUCGACUUCUUCCUCUUGCCGCGUCCCCGUGCCGCGAGGCGGCUUCACGCGAGGCGCAGUCAUUCCCGCGACGGGGGGAGGAGGCUGCAGUGAAGAGCUGGCGCUCGCUGGAGAGCGUACAGAGGAGGAUCUCGGGUCUUCUGCGGCGUGUGACUUUCGAGGGCCUUCGAGCUUCACUGCUUCUCUCGACGGCGAGGACGUGCGCGUCGGGCCUGUAGUUGCCGCACCGUGCCGCCUCACGAGCGCCUGUCCCCCUCCGCUUCUCCCGUCUUCGGGCGCGUCGUCGUCGUCCCCCGCGAUCGCUGUGACCAUCAUGGCGCCCGAAGAAGACACCGAGGCCCGGCCGGGGGCCGCGGAGGAGGCGGAGAGCGGCGAAGAAGGGUCCGUGGCGCGCUUCAACAGCAGCAGCGGAAGCAGCAGUUCGGAGACCUCAGCGGUGCUCAUGGCUCCCGACGCCGAGGACACAGCUUCCUCGGCGUCUUCGGCGAGGGGCGCAGCGCCUUCCGUCUCGCCCUCGUCGCCGUCGUCUUCCUCGCUCGCGGCGUCUGCGGCGUCGUCCGCCUCUUCAGCCUCUUCGGCUUCUUCUUCGUCGUCCCGGCCGCCGGCCUCCAACUCCGCGCCGGCGGCGUGUUCGGCGCCGCAGGAGAGCGAGGCGUUUUGUGCGUCGUGCGCGUCGCCGUCGUCGUCGUCGUCGAAUUCGCACUUUUGGUCGCAGCCGGUAGCGUCUGCGUCGUCUCCGGGUCCGCGGGCGGCGCAUUCGUGCGACGUUAUUGGAACGAAGAUGUUCAUUUUCGGCGGCUGGAACGGUAAAUUCGCGCUGAACGACCUGUACGUCUUGGACCUGCAGGCGCUGCGCUGGACGCGCGUGGAGCCGGACGCGGCCUCGCCGCCGCCGGAUGCGCGCAACAACCACACGACAACGACCGUCGGGGACAGGAUCUUUGUGCACGGCGGCCACGACGGCUCCCAGUGGCUGGCGGACUUGCAUGUCUUGGACACCACGCCGGUCCACAUGGGUCGGUACACUGGUCUCUCCUGGUCUUCGCCGCAAGUUAGCGGCCGGAAGCCGAGCGCGCGUGCCUGUCACUCGCUCACGCGCGUCAACGAGAAGCUCUACAUGUUUGGCGGCUACGACGGCGCCAACUGCUUCCAAGACAUCGACAUCCUCGACCUCGACACCAUGGCCUGGAUCCAGCCUGCGGUGUCGGGCGAGAAACCCCAAGCGCGAAACGCACACACCAUGACCGUCGUCGACGGAAAACUCGUUCUCUUCGGCGGACACAGUGGAAACACUCACCUCACCGACCUCCAUGUGUUCGACACCGCCACCCUCACCUGGACAAAGCCGGACAUCAGCGGGACGCCGCCGCCGGGUUUGCGCGGGCACACGGCGAAUUUGAUUGGGCACAAGGUCUUUUUGUUUGGGGGCUACGACGGGAAGCGUCGCACGAAUGAGAUUUACAUUUUGGACACCAAGGCACGCGCGUGGCUGAUGGCGGCGAACUCGGCGUCCUCCGCAGCGUCUUCUUCGUCUUCCUCGUCAUCCAGCGGGGACAGCGGAAAGUGCGGCCCGCCGUCGGGGCGGCAGCGUCACAGCGCGGCGUUGGUGGGCAACCGGAAGCUGUUUGUUUUCGGCGGCUUCGACGGCAACAAGUGGCUAAACGACUUGCACGUGCUGGACGCGAGCCGCUUCGAGGAGGAUGCGCUGAACGACUCGGCUGUGCGGCAGCUCGUCGAGAAUCUCCGGUCUCUGGUGAACUGCCCCGAUUUCUCCGAUGUUGUCCUCGUCGUCGAGGGCCGCGACAUCCACGCACACAAAAACAUCCUGGCUGCCAACUGCGCGUACUUCCGUCAAAUGUUCCUCGGCAGCAUGCUCGAGAGCCGGCAAAGCCGCAUCGUCAUCCCGGGAUGGUCCUACGACGCCUACAUCGCCAUGAUCGAGUUCCUCUACACGGGAAAACUCUCCGAGACUCGCAUACACGUCGUCUGCGAGGUGAUGGGGCUGGCAGAUCACUACACGCUGUUCAUGCUGAAGCAGUACAGCGAGAAUGUGCUCACUGCGUUGGUCGACACGGACACGGUGUGUCCGCUGCUGAAGAGCGCGGAGAGAUACCAGGCACGGAAUCUGAAGAGGUACUGCCUGGACUUCGUCUUCCGGCAUGCAGACCAGAUCCUGAACACGCCGGCGUUCGACGAGCUCGAGGCGAUUCCGUCGCUGGUUAUGGAGAUUGCCAAGACGAGCCUUCUGAAGAGCCGCGGGAAGGGCAGCGUCGCGGGCGGGGGUGCCGGUUCAGACAGCGGGGGAAUGGAGGGCGCCGGCGAACAGGGAAAGCGCGAAAACGCGAGCCCGGGGCCGUAG